UGAGGGUGUGUUGCCAGGAGACGGCUCUGACGGGUUCUCGCGGCGGGCGAGGAGCGUGACGAGCACAAAGCAUCCAGAGCGGCUCGUCCGAGUGAUCAGAGCGCCCGGCCGGAACACCGGGACCGAGCCGCACCCCCUGCCGGUAUCUCAGGGGGCGAGAGUUUGGCUGAAUCAAUGGUACACGCUGUCUGCAACCGGGACUGAGAGCGGGACUCUCCCAGUGUUGCUCAAAAACGAGAUGCAGCUGGAGCAGUACAGCCUGCAAUGCUUGCUGCAGUGUACCUUUGAUUAACCAGAUUCAGGAGAGGCAGCACUUGUGACUAGGCACAUAAGCUCAGUCCUUCCAACAUCCAGUCUGAUGUAGCACCAUAAAGCAUAACGACAUGUCUGUUAGUGCAACGGAGAGCGAUAUACCCAGAUUCUUUGUGGGAUGUGAAGAAGCAGAUGACAAUUUGGACCAAAGUAAAGCUGAAAAUGUGGACAAUCUGUACGAGAACACUGAAGAUGAGGAUGAGGAUGAAUAUGAUUCUCCUCCAGAGAGACAGAUUGUGGUCGGAAUCUGUGCGAUGGCAAAGAAAUCCAAAUCGAAACCCAUGAAAGAGAUCUUGGAGCGGCUAUCUCUGUUCAAAUACAUUACUGUAGUGAUUUUUGAGGAAGAUGUUAUUUUGAAUGAACCAGUAGAUAACUGGCCUCAGUGUGACUGCCUCAUUUCUUUUCAUUCCAAAGGUUUUCCAUUGGACAAAGCUGUUGCUUAUUCAAAACUCAGGGGCCCAUUUGUAAUUAAUGACUUGAAUCUACAAUAUCAGAUCCAAGAUAGGAUAGAGGUAUAUCGAAUCCUAAAGGAUGAGGGAAUUUUACUUCCUCGUUAUGCAGUUCUCAACCGGGAUCCAAACAAACCAGAAGAAUGUAAUUUAAUCGAAGGAGAAGAUCAUGUUGAAGUGAAUGGAGAAAUUUUCCAAAAACCUUUUGUAGAGAAACCAGUCAGUGCGGAGGACCACAAUGUCUAUAUUUAUUACCCGACAUCUGCAGGAGGCGGGAGUCAAAGACUUUUUAGAAAGAUUGGCAGUCGGAGCAGUGUCUAUUCUCCUGAAAGCAGUGUGAGAAAAACCGGGGCUUACAUUUAUGAAGAAUUUAUGCCCACAGAUGGUACCGAUGUGAAGGUGUACACUGUCGGACCAGACUAUGCCCAUGCUGAAGCUCGGAAGUCCCCUGCUCUAGACGGCAAGGUCGAAAGGGACAGUGAAGGGAAAGAAGUUCGGUAUCCAGUCAUUCUCAAUGCUAGGGAGAAGUUAAUUGCAUGGAAAGUCUGCCUCGCUUUCAAGCAAACAGUUUGUGGAUUUGAUUUGCUGCGUGCGAAUGGCCAGUCUUAUGUUUGUGAUGUAAAUGGUUUUAGUUUUGUGAAGAACUCCAUGAAAUAUUAUGAUGAUUGCGCAAAGAUUCUUGGAAAUAUCAUCAUGCGAGAACUCGCUCCACAAUUCCAUAUCCCCUGGUCUAUACCACUGGAAGCAGAAGAUAUUCCAAUAGUGCCAACUACUUCUGGAACAAUGAUGGAACUACGAUGCGUAAUAGCUGUGAUAAGGCACGGUGACAGGACACCAAAACAAAAAAUGAAAAUGGAAGUAAGACAUCAGAGGUUCUUUGAUCUGUUUGAGAAAUGCCAUGGAUACAAAACUGGAAAACUAAAACUGAAGAAGCCAAAACAAUUACAGGAAGUCCUGGAUAUUGCUAGACACCUUCUUGUGGAACUUGGUCAAAACAAUGAUUCAGAAAUCGAGGAAAGUAAAGCAAAGCUUGAACAGCUUAAAACAGUGUUGGAAAUGUAUGGGCACUUUUCUGGGAUAAAUCGCAAGGUGCAGCUCACCUAUCUUCCUCACGGUUGUCCAAAAACCUCUAGUGAAGAAGAAGACUGUAGAAGAGAUGAACCAUCACUACUUUUAGUCCUGAAAUGGGGGGGUGAACUGACCCCUGCAGGCCGAGUUCAGGCAGAGGAGCUGGGAAGGGCUUUCCGUUGCAUGUAUCCAGGGGGCCAAGGAGACUAUGCAGGAUUUCCUGGAUGCGGUUUGCUGAGACUACAUAGUACCUAUCGACAUGACCUUAAGAUCUAUGCAUCGGACGAAGGACGAGUCCAAAUGACUGCUGCAGCUUUUGCUAAAGGUUUGUUGGCUUUAGAAGGAGAGCUCACCCCAAUACUUGUUCAGAUGGUGAAAAGUGCAAACAUGAAUGGUCUUUUAGACAGCGACAGUGACUCGUUAAGUAGCUGUCAGCAUAGAGUGAAAGCGAGACUGCAUGAGAUCCUGCAAAGAGACCGGGACUUUACAACAGAGGAUUAUGAAAAGCUUACUCCAACUGGAAGCAUUUCCCAGAUGAAAUCCAUGCAAGUCACGAAGAACCCAGUAAAGACUUGUGACAAGGUUUACUUUUUAAUCCAAAGCCUGACAUCUCAAAUUCGACAAAGAAUGGAGGAUCCAAAAUUUGCUGAUAUUCAGCUUUACCACAGUGAAACCCUGGAACUGAUGCUGCGCAGAUGGUCCAAGCUAGAAAAAGAUUUCAAAAUGAAAAACGGAAGAUAUGACAUCAGUAAAAUUCCCGAUAUCUAUGACUGCAUUAAGUACGACGUACAGCACAACUGCUCUCUAAAACUGGAGAACACAAUGGAAUUGUACAGACUUUCUAAGGCUUUAGCAGAUCUCGUCAUCCCUCAGGAAUAUGGCAUUUCCAAAUUAGAAAAGCUUGAAAUUGCAAAGGGCUAUUGCACCCCUCUUGUUCGAAAGAUUCGCUCCGACUUGCAAAGAACUCAGGAUGACGACACUGUGAACAAACUACAUCCGCUAUAUUCUAGAGGGGUUAUGUCUCCAGAACGUCAUGUGCGAACGCGCCUCUAUUUUACCAGUGAGAGUCAUGUUCAUUCGCUAUUGUCAAUCCUGCGUUUCGGAGCACUGUGUGAUGAAACAAAGGAUGAACAAUGGAAAAGGGCAAUGGAUUACCUAAAUUUUGUAAAUGAACUAAAUUACAUGACCCAGAUUGUGAUUAUGCUAUAUGAAGACCCAAACAAGGACCUUUCAUCAGAGGAGCGAUUUCAUGUUGAGUUGCACUUCAGUCCUGGAGCAAAAGGCUGUGAAGAAGAUAAAAAUUUGCCUUCUGGAUUCGGAUACAGGCCUGCAUCUCGAGAGAGCGAAAGUUCCAAGAAGCACACUCACAGCAAUGACAGCGACGAGGAGCCCAAUGCUCACAGGAGAGAUGAGCCUGACCGAGCGUUGGUGAUGUUUAAGCCUCUGGUGUCUGAUCCUAUUCACAUACACAGGAAGUCUCCUCUCCCUCGUUCCAGAAAGAUAGGCUCAACAGAGGGAGAGAGCCCCCUGAGUGUGUCUAGCCCAGAGUGUAUCGGUACCUGGAUGCAUUACACCAGUGCUGUGGGUUCUGGGCGUCGAAGACGCAGAUCAGGGGAUCAAAUCACUUCUUCCCCUGUGUCCCCCAAAUCAUUGGCUUUCACAUCCAGUAUUUUUGGCUCAUGGCAACAGGUGCUGUCUGAUAACAAUAGUCAUUUGAGAGCAGCUAGACUCUUGGAACAGAAACAUAGUGGUUUAGACACCCAAUCACAGAAAAAAGAAACAAGGAAAUCUUGUUUUGGGAAGUGUAAACUCAGCAGUCACUAUUGGAGCUCUCUGCUCAGAGGGUCUCACUGUGCGGGUCUGUUUAGCACUUCCGUUCUUGGUGGCUCUUCAAGUGCACCUAAUCUCCUGGAUUAUGCUCGUGCUCAUCGUAAAAAGCUGACCACCUCUGGCUGCAUUGAUGACGCCACACGCAGCUCUGCUGUUAAACGAUUUUCUGUCUCAUUUGCUCGACACCCAACCAAUGGAUUUGAGCUGUACUCCAUGGUGCCUUCAAUUUGUCCCUUAGAGACCCUUCACAACUCCCUGUCAUUGAAGCAGGUGGAUGAAUUUCUCUCUGCUAUUGCGGUUCCUUCAUCGGAUUCUUUCCUGGAUACACCAUCGGCAUCUCCAUCUACUCCUGGGUACUAUAGCGUUGGUGGCAGGAAAGUAUCUCUAAAUACCUACACCCCGACGAAAAUCCUUCCAACACCAUUGUUUCCUUCUGAUGUUGAAAUGCCAGACUCUGUUACUUUGCGGAGCAGUGAAACAACGAGCUCAACCUCUGAUGCAGAUCACUUCCCCACUCAAGAUAGCAAUAGUGGCAAAGUAGUUUCUGACAAACCAAUUUCACAUCAAGAGAACUCAAAACAUGGUUCUUAAAAUAAAACUGCAGACAUCUCCCAAUAGACUAGGCAUUUGACAAGUCUGUUACCAGUAGAGGUUCUCUCUGCACCAAUACUAAAAUGCAUAUUCUAGGUUUUGUUUUGCUUUUUUGCGGUUUUUAUUUUUUACAAUACAACCUCUCUCAUUGUACAUAACAAAGAAUAAUCAUAAAUAUGGUUUGUUUACAUUGUAAAUAGCCAGUAAAGUUAAUGAUAGCUAAUAUGCUAGCAGCUUUAUUGAUGUGUAAAUACGAUUUGCAAGUUGCUUACCAACUUAAAUUAAAUUUCUAUAUUUUUUUAAAUACGUUUAUUGGACUGUAAAAUGUCAAUUUUCAUGUUACACUGAAAGGUGCACUGUAUGUUUGUGAACAUCUCCACGAUAAAUGUAAAACCUUUGAGAUACCUGUACCAAAGCGCCAAGGUAAAGUAUCAGAUCAUUUACUCCAAGUAAUAUAGGUACAAGCCAUGCUGAUUAUCGUUUUUCCAUUUGUUUUUCUGCACAAAAAAAGUAUUUAUGGUAACAUUGUUUAAAUAAAAUGAUAAAGUGUCGCGAGCAAUAUAUAGUGCUUAACCUUGUAAUCGUAUUAAUAAUAAUGAAAUGUAAACGGUUACAGAACAUUAAAUGCCAUGCUGUAGAAGUAAUCACACCCUUAUUUACACAGAGCUAGGGUGAGUCCUGCCUGCCUGGAUAUCCUUCCCAAAUAUAUAUUCUUCUAAUAAUAUUAAAAGCCACCUGUGCUAGCAAAUAAGUGAUAUUAUUGUUUUUAAUGGCUAAAAUCAGAUGAGUUGAUCGCAGCGCGUAGAUGUAGUAUUUCACAUCUGGCAUCUAUUUAAUUUUCGAAAUAAGCAACCAAAACCAAGGGUGGUCAGAAGGUAGAUCACCUCUCCUUCCUCCUCUCUCCCCCCUUAGUUUUGUAGAGCUUCAUCUACUAUCAUUCUUUGUCAGAUUUAUACAGCCUUGGAUCUGGCUUUUGCCACUCAUG